UGUAAGAACAAAGAGCGUAUUAUGGUUACAAUGGGCAUUCAUUCCACCCACAUUAUCUCGUGUUUGAAAUUGAUGAGUUAACAAUAUUCUAUCACAGACUAACUAGUAAUCUGUGAUUCUAUCAUGAAAUAUCAAGUAACAAAUGAAGAUUCUAAAAUAUGUCGUAUGAUCAGAAUGGGGUCGUAUUAUGUAAUUAUAUACUCGAUAAGUAUUCAGUACAAAAUAGUAUAAUUUUUCAGAGUAAAAUUUCAAGUUAUCAGUGAAUUCAGUAUUCCCUAACGUACGACAUACUUUAAAUUAUAAACAUUUGCACAAGAUGGAGCCACAGGCCCAUUGGGGGAAAACCAAUAUUCUGUGAAAUCAAAUCAUAUUUUCGAUGGUCAAAUGUCUCCUCAGGAGGGUUGAUGAUACUAUUUAUAGAAAAUGACCUAUCCUAGAUACUGCAUAUUAGUGAAAAAUUGAAGAUUAAUUAACUUGUUAAUUGAAUAACGCUAUAAAAUUUUUCAUUCAACAGACUGAUUACCUACUACGGAGUACGACAAGUAAAUUCUAUAAAAUUUUUGGAAAUAGCUGAAUGAGAUGAAAAAAAAAGUUGCUGAACUCCAUUUGAAAUCGUAUGUAGUUAGGGACAAGGGAGGAAAGCUAACUUUCCCUUCUACAAUACCAAAGAAACGAAGCUCAAUCAGGAUGUUUAUAUUAGGAUGUUUUAUUUUGUAUAGCUGUAUAAGCGAGUUUUAUGAGAUUAAAGACUUCAAAUUAACUCUUGAAAUGUUCAGUUAUACCAUUGCCAUUUAUUUCAUAGUGGAAUUUAUUGAUAGGAUAAUACUAAGUUUCGAAGAGUUGAUGAACCAUUUCCAACCAAGAUAUGGAAAAAGUUUGAUAAAGGUUUUGAAGCAUACCUUUUACUUCAGUGAAGGAGCAUGUCUUAUUAUGAUAUCUUCAUUAGCAAUCGUUGGCAAGUUCUACUCGGAACAUGGAUUUAUUGACACUACGAAACUUCAUAAGUUCUCAUACCUUAAAAGUUUAUUUCUCUUACUUUUUCUAAGAAAAGUAUUGAAGAUAGAACAUGCUCCCAUUUAUAAUUCAUUGAAAUUUGAAGAUAAUGAUGGCCUGAGCUACAGUACAGCAAUGGCAAAUUCAUUUUAUCAUGGGUAUUUGAAAUUGAUAUUACCAAAAACGAGUGGAGAAGACAAGAACCUAAUGGAAAUAAUUGAUAUAUAUUCUGAUAGAAAUAAAGUUGAUGUGUUUCCAAAACUCUUUAUAUUGGUUCCAAAGUCAGCUUUUUGCCAAAUUUCUUUAAAAAGUUCAAUUAGUCCAAGUAUUGAGGAAAGUUCUAGUUUAGAUGAAAAGAAGUUAACAAUAGCUGGUGUUCAAAAGAGAUCAUACAAAAACUCUGUUUAUAAAAUAAGAGACCCAAAUAAUCCUAGAAAGGUGUAUUAUGUUUGUGCCGAGUAUGCAACUCCUUUACGUACCUUUAAAGCAUCACUGGAUUUUAGUGGGUUAUUUAACGAAACUUUCAAGAAACAUGCUGACGACAUAGUAUUGAAUUUUUAUUUGAUUAUGAGAGAUUUUGUCAGAAAUGAUCCUGAUAUUUGUGAUCUAUGUGAAUUGAUUUACUAUGAUGACCGUGAUGAACAUGGUUUGAGAGAUAUAGCCCCGUUAUUACUGAGUAAAGUGAAAAAACAGAAUAGAUCACUGGUUUGAACAAAGAAUGAUAUGGGAACUGAAAGCUGAAUUAUAUAUAUACCUUCAUAUUUCAAGUUUUUGCUCUCAUUGAAAUUCAUUAAUAUUGCUCAUGCGAUCUUAUAGAUUAUUGAGUUAGUUAUUAUUAAUAGUAAAGAAAUUUAUCAAUAUUUUUCGUUGUUUACACUAUAUUUUCUGUCUUCAGCACUACUUAUUUUUUUAAAUAUACAUUUAUGAAAA